ACGAAAAACACACUAACGCCUCCAGGUGAGGUCAAAUGCAGUGGAAAAGGGAAGCUCUUUGUUGACAGGUGGACGGAAAUAGAUGCCCGACUGCGGAAAAAGAACGAAAUGGAUUUGAACAAGACGGUGCUGUGCGAGAGCCUCAUCGUUUGGCUGCAAACCUUUAACACUGCAGCGCCAUGUAAGACAGUGGACGAUCUGACCACAGGAGCAGCUAUGGCCCAGGCUCUGCACCAGAUAGAUCCAUCGUGGUUCAGUGAGAGCUGGCUCGCACGUAUUAAAGAAGACGUAGGAGAUAACAUGAGACUCAAGGUAAACAACCUGAAAAAGAUCCUGCAGAUAAUUGUCGACUACUAUAAUGAGGUUCUGAAUCAGCAGAUCUCAGGUUUCCCUCUGCCUGACCUGGUGCGGGUGGCUGAGCAUGCUGAUCCUGUGGAGCUGGGGCGCCUCCUGCAGCUUAUCUUGGGCUGUGCAGUAAAAUGUGACAGGAAACAAGAGUAUAUCCAGAUCAUAAUGACUCUGGAAGAGUCCGUUCAGCAUGUAGUGAUGACAGCCAUCCAGGAGCUGAUGAGCAAAGAGUCCAUGGCCCAUUUUGGAACGGAGCCACCAGGGGAUGUAGACCAACAGCUGAAGAAAGCUCUGGAGGACUUGUCUGAGGUGAUGGCAGAAAAAGAUGAGCUGGCCCAACGCUGCCAGGAGCUGGACAUCCAGGUGGCAGUGCUGCAGGAGGAGCGUAACAGCCUCCUAGCGGAGAACGAUGUUCUGACAGAUCGAGCCAAUCAGCUGGACACGUUUGAUGAUCCCAGCACCCCAUCAGGGAAGAAACAUAGCCAGCUCCAGCUGCAGCUGGAACAGCUCCAAGAGGAGAACUUCAGACUAGAGGCAGCUAAAGAUGACUACCGUAUUCACUGUGAGGAGCUGGAGAAACAGCUGGUGGAGGUUCAGCAUCGAAACGAUGAGCUCACCAGCCUGGCUGAGGAAUCUCGCUCGCUGAAGGAUGAGCUGGACAUUCUGAGGAGCUGCUCUGACCGAGCAGUGAAGCUGGAGGCCUCUGUGGAAACGUACAGGAAGAAACUGGAAGACCUGAGUGACCUGAGGCGACAGGUUAAAGUGUUAGAGGAGAAAAACAUGACCUACAUGCACAACACAGUCAGUCUUGAGGAGGAGCUCCGCAAGGCCAACGCUGCACGCGCCCAGCUUGAGACUUAUAAGAGACAGGUCCAGGAGCUUCAUAGGAAGCUGUCUGAGGAGAGCCGAAGAGCUGAUAAUCUGGCCUUCGACAUGAAGAAGUUUGAGGAAAAAUAUGAAGCCCUGUUGAAGGAGAAAGAGAGAAUCAUCAUUGAGCGAGACUCUCUGAAAGAGACCAAUGAGGAGCUGCGAUGUACACAAGCUCAGCAAGACCAGCUUCUACAAGCAGGAAUGUAUAAAACUGGGAGUCCAAGCCAUGACAACUUGGCAGCUGAGAUGUUGCCUAUUGAGUACAGGGAGAAGUUCAUCCGUUUGCAGCAUGAGAAUAAAAUGUUGCGCGUGCAGCAGGAGGAUUCUGAGAAUGAGCGCAUCGCUGAGCUCCAUGUUCAUUUGGAGGAGGAGCGGCGUGCACGCAGUGAGCUGGACACUGAGAACAGGUUGAACAGAGAGAGGAUUAGUGAACUGCAGCAGCAGGUGGAAGACCUACAGAAAGCCCUGCAGACCCAAGGAGCCAAACCUGAGGACGUGAGUUCUCACCUGAAGAGGAAACUAGAUGCUCAUAUGGUGCAGCUAAAUGCAGCACAAGAUGAGAUCAUGAAGAAGAAAGAGUUACUGGAGGACCUUCAGCCAGAUGCAACUCAAGCCUCACUGAAGCUAGACGAGCUGAUGGCUGCUCUGAAGAAGAAAGACGACGACAUGCGAGCGAUGGAGGAGCGAUACAAGAUGUAUCUGGAGAAAGCACGCAAUGUGAUCCGUGCACUGGAUCCAAAACUGAACCCAGCCUCAGCUGAGAUCCAGUCUCUUAAGGUCCAACUCUCAGAGAGAGAGAAGAGGAUUGCUGCUUUGGAGAGAGAGUGUGAGCAGGCCAAGCUGCGUGAAUAUGAGGAAAAACUCAUUGUGACUGCAUGGUACAAUAAGAGCCUGAAUUUCCAGAAGAUGGCGAUAGAGUCUCGGCUGGGUGGCCGUUCUAACGCUGUGGUGCCACCCGGUCAGUCGUUCCUGGCCCAGCAACGUCAGGUGACCAAUGCCCGGCGCACCAUGUCAAUCAACGUGCCUGCCACUUCCUCAAAGUAAUGACGACUUCUUCUCCUCCCCUGCCUUCUUCCAUACCUUCUCUACCCCUCGUCUCCCCCUCAACUGCACACUUAAGUGACCUUAAGCACAAUCCUAAGUAAAGUGACAAGCUUGCCAUAAUGUGAACAUUUCUAUAGCACUUAUGUCCCCAUUUACUCCCUCACACAUACAUGCAUACAAACAAACAAGACAGGGUUUAAUACCUUGUUGAACAGUACACUCGCUCAGCAUUCUCCUUCAAGCACACAGAAACACUCCCUUAUGUAAUGUUUUACACACUUUUAAUCUCCAUAUACACUCUAGCCUGCAGUCAUUAACUUGGACAGCAUAGAUUGGUGUCUCAAUGCAUUGUGCUCAAACUCAGAGGCUUGUGAAGGACUAAUCCAGAGAUGUAUGCGCCACUUGUUUGUCACAAUCUAUGUAUGUCUGUCACAUCUGAGAAGGACUAAAAGGGCAGCAUGCAUGCUAAUGGCUAAAAUGGACUUCCAGUGGUAUUCUAUGCAGCUAGAUGUACUGCUAUGUAUAGUACCAUUGUACUGUAUGUCUGUGUAGAGACAUGUGGUUGUUGUAACAUAGACCUGACAUCAGCAAUCUCUCCACUUCCACGCAUGCAUGUUCACAGAAUCAACUAACUAAUACAGAUAAAGCUUCAGGACAAAGGCAUAUUUGGUGCUGGACACCAAAAAGUUCCUUUUUUUACUACAAAAAAACUUUCUUACAGUUGAAUACAAAACAAACAGACAUCUCAAAAUACAGAAAUCUGAGGUGCUGCAGCCAAUCUUGAAUCAACUGGAGCAGAUGUUUGUAGUAUUUCUUUUAUACAGUAAUUGACUGUGAUUGGACUCUUGCAUGCUCUUGUAAACAGCAGGACUUUUUUUGUCCACUGAACAUUUCCUGUCUGGCUUUGAUGUGUAAAGGCCUCAGAUAUCAGGAUUAAAUCACCAGCUGAUGGUCAUAGUAACCCGGCCAAGCCUUCUCUGAUAGGGUCAAACGCUGUGACCAUUUUUUUGGAAUGUUUUCUUCUUCGCCAGCUGGCCUUUCUCAGCUCUAGUGUAUAUGGAAACCUGCAAGCUGUGUAAUAGCCAGUGAAUCAUCUAUAGCUGCAGUGUAGAUUUAGAAAGGCUGUACAUCAUGAACAUCUGCCCUUUAUUAGGCUGGAAUAAUUUGGGGCUGUAAGGUUCAAAAUGUGAUCAGUUUAAUUUGUGUUGGAAUGUAUUUGGCUUUCUUUAGGCUGAUACUGAACUCUUAAUGGUAAGCUUUAUUAACUCUGCAGUUAUUUUCCUUUCCAUUUUGUUGGACAUAGGUUUUGUACCCUUUACUGGGUGACGAGUGAAACUUUGAAUGCUAAUGAGAGGAAAGCUUUUGAAAUUGUGGCUUUAUUUAAUGAGUGCUGUCUGUCUUUGGCAAAGAUGAAGCUUAAUAAGGGUGGAAAAUUAUGGAACAAUGUUUGGACACAGCUUUUGUUUUCAUGUCAAAAAAUAAACACUUAAUAAACACUAAAUUAUA